GUGAUUACCCUAUUAUUUAUCAUCGGGUCAAUCCGGCGUCAGGAAAUUGAACUUAGAUUACUCCAGGAUCACAUAAGACUUUCUUUUCUUUAUGCAGACAUGGACGCAGCGAUAAGUUAGUUUAUGGAAAUAUGUGCACAAGCAUGACAUUGAAAGAAGCCUCAUCAGCUGACACAGCCCACACAGAAGCCGCCUAUAUAAACCGUACUACUACAAACUCCAAAAACCCAACACAGACCAGAGUUUGGGAUUCCAAAUCCAAGAGGCAACCACAUUUCUAGAUCAUCAGAAGAUGAGGGUGGGCGCUCAUGAUCUGAAGCUCAAGGGGCUCAAGAGGUCUCUCAAGGAGCACAAGGCCAGGCUCUACAUCAUCCGUCGAUGCGUCGUGAUGCUCCUAAGAUGGCAUGAUUGAUCAAGCGAUUUGGAGUGAAUUUCUUCACAGUUUCUCUUACUUCUCUAUCUGACUGGCCAGCCUAGUGGCUGAAAUUUUGGGUCUCUAUCUCUGAUGUAUGUAACAGCUGUAUAUAACCUGUCAAAGUAGGAAGACUGGAAAUGAAAGGCAACUUCUUUCUUGAUGUGGUA